GAGGCAUCUGACUGAUCAUCUGCAUUACAGAACACCGAUCAGGAACCGACAGUAUCCAUUAAUUGCCAUAUGUUUGCUUUGUAUUGACCUUAGCAGGAAGUAUUAAAACAGUAUCAUGGUAAAGAAGAAAGGACGGAACCUUCCAGCACCUGAGCCGGUGGAUACAGAGCCGACAUGUAAGCACAUCCGGAAGGGCCUGGAUGAUGGCGCAGUGAAGAGGGCUCUGGUGAAUGUGGACUGGACACUCUGCCAGGACUGCCAGUCAGAGGCCAAGGAGAAGACCAAUAAUGAGGAAGAGGAGCAAACGGAAGCACAAAUGAUCUGGCUGUGUAUGAAAUGUGGACAUAGGGGAUGUGGCAGAUAUUCAGAACAUCAGCAUGCACUGAACCACUACAACACCCCAAGAUCAGAACCGCACUGCCUGGUGCUCAGCGUUGGCGAGUGGAACGCGUGGUGCUAUCUUUGUGAUGAGGAGAUUCAGUACAGCAGCUCUGGGCGGUUGCGGCAAUUGGUGGAUUUUAUCCAAAAGAAAUCCAAGACGAAUGUAAAGAUUUCAAACACAGUUCAGUCUGGCCAAGAUGAUCGUAUUUCUGAAAACAAGCAGGAGAAGGAAGAACAUCAGGUGGUAGAAGACCCCAACAGGGUUGCGAAGGGCGCAAAAGCUGUCAACACACUAAAUGACAAUAAAGAGGUCACUGUGAAAGGGCUCAGCAACCUGGGGAACACGUGCUUCUUUAAUGCUGUGAUGCAGAAUUUGUCCCAGACACCAACACUGCGGGAACUUCUGAAUGAUGUCAAACAUCCAGGAAGAACUGUAACUGUCCAAGUGCCAGAUGACUCCCGGCUUACACCUCGGGAAGUGACACUGGAGCAGCAGCCGGGACCCCUGACCUUGGCAAUGUGGCAGUUUCUUACUGAGAUGCAGGAGACUAAGAAAGGGGUUGUAACCCCGAAAGAGCUCUUCUCUCAGGUCUGUAAAAAAGCCGUCCGAUUUAGAGGGUACCAGCAGCAAGACAGCCAGGAGCUUCUCCGCUACCUUCUAGAUGGAAUGAGAGGAGAGGAGAUACAGAGAGUAAGUUCAGCGUUUUCCAAGACAUUACAGGCUGCGUCAGAGAAGAUCGAGGAUGAGGACGUUAAAAAGAUUGUGCGAGACUGUGAAAAAAGACGAGUUAUCCCCAACUUUGUUGACCGCGUAUUUGGAGGAGAGAUGACAAGUACAAUAAUGUGUGAGACCUGCCACACAGUGUCUUUAGUCCAUGAGCCUUUUCUUGAUCUUUCACUUCCUGUCCUGGAUGACACGCCUGCCAAGAAAAAUACUGCAAAAUCAGCAAAAGCAGUCCAAGAAAAAAAGAAUGAAGGGGAAAGUGAUAAUGACAGCUAUGUAAAAGACCGGCAUGAUGUUCCGUCAGGGCCGAGUAAGCACCUUCAAAAGAAAGCAAAAAAGCAAGCCAAAAAACAAGCCAAGAGUCAGCGGCGACAGCAGAAGAUGCAGGAUAAGACCCUGCCGCUGAAUGACCCAAAUGUGAGCAGUAAUGACGAUGAAGGCUUUAUCCCCGACAAUAACAAUGUACUGGAUAACAACUGUGAGCAGCAAGAUAUGACCCCAGCUGACGGACAGUGUUCCAGUAUAACCAGUGAUGUAGAUAUGGAAAAGAAAGAAGAUCUGGGACAUUUGGAAAACAAAGAACCAAGUCAAACAGACAUGGCAAAUAAUGCUGAGGCCAGCUCUAAAAGUCUUGAAAGUCAACAUAAUUCUGCGACUGAAGAUCAGGAAAAUAGUCACGAUCUGGGUCAGAGAAGUCUACAUCAGAUUGAGCUUAGUCUGGAAAAUGAGGAUCAUCCCAGCAGUGAAGUCAGUGCAGUUCUGGAAAACGGAGAUGACAAUCAGGGCAACAUAGAUAGUGAUGAGAUGGAAGAGGAGAGGUCACAGAGUCCUCAGGCAGACCACGAUCCAGUGGAUAGCCAGCUAACUGAAAACCUAAACAGACUUAAUUUGAGUUCCGACCCAGAAAGGAUAAAUCUGAGCUCAGACCUUGAACCCAAUGACAUUGAGAUCCAAAUUAUAGAUGAAGCGCCCCCAGCACAGAUCUAUGAAGUGGUGAACCAAGACCCCAGCACUGCCUUUUGCACCCUCACUGACCGCAGGGAGCUUCAGCUAGACGAGUUGUCGGUCCUCAGUUGUCUCUAUCAGUUUACCCGCAAGGAGGACCUGGUGGGCAACAACCAAUUGCUGUGUAAUACAUGUACACAGAGGCAGGCUAAGACCAUAAAGCACAACAAUAAAGAGAAGAAGUUUGUGUACACUAACGCCAAGAAACAAAUGUUGGUCUCCGCACCGCCUCCUAUCCUGACCCUCCAUUUAAAGAGAUUUCAGCAGAACGGAUUUAAUCUUCACAAGAUAAAUAAACACAUCAAGUUUCCAGAAGUCAUUGACCUGGCUCCCUUCAGUACGGUAAAAUGCAAGAGUAUCUCUGAGGGAGAGGACAGACUGCUGUACUCUUUGUAUGGUGUGAUUGAACACAGCGGGACCAUGCGCUCCGGACACUACACCGCCUAUGUGAAAUCUCGAACUCCCAAUCCUCGCCUGUGCAACCUUGUACUUCAGGGAGUACUUCCUGAAGUGCCAAGUACAGAGUCUACGAAGGGUCAUUGGUUCCACAUCAGCGACAGCCACGUACAAGCGGUACCACUGAACAAAGUGCUGAACUCACAGGCCUACCUCCUGUUUUAUGAGAGGAUACUGUAAUACAUGCAGAUGUAUCUGCCAAAAUCUCUAUUGCCAAGGAAUAUUUAUUGUAAUUAAACUCGCCAAGUGCACCUGUCAUUUUGAGCUGUACAGAAAUAAAGUAGAGAAAGGCAGACACACCAUUGUUUGUCCCUGUUGAAGCUACAGGAACACAU